CCUGGCGCCGCCUAUCUGCAUUACUAAGGUUUUAAUUAGAAUAGAAACAGCGGAACGGUUGCCCUCCUUUUGGUCAACACGACAUUAAUCCCAGUGAGUAUUUAUUGAGGCGAAGAAAUUAUGUUUAAGCCUUAUAUACAUCUACCACUGUGUAUCACCACUGAACCAUGUUGGAAACCCCACACCACUCAGUGAGACGGUUUCUGAUCAUUACUUCAUAUUUCUCCUUCUGGUUUGACACGUCGUUGAAAGUUAAAAACACGUAAAUUAUGCAAGAAGAUGAAACAUAAUGUGCAUUUAUCUAUAACAAUAAUAACAAUAACAACAAUAAUACUAAUGGUGGUAACAAUAGGCCUCAUAAAUAAAGAUAGAGGAUGAUGAGGAUGGUGCUAUUGCUGAUCUUCCUCCUUUGAUCAUCUGGUGUAUUUUAUUAUAUCAGGGAGCUGAUCAAUAGCAUCAGUGACGUCAUUUCCCUUCCUGUUUGUGGGGGGAGGCAGUGAGGAGAGAAGCUGCUGAUCACAGAUCUGUGUCUCUGCGGGUGUUUUCUCUCCUCCCUCUCUCCUCCAUCGCUCCUCUCCUCCUGGCCGGCCUCGGUGCUCUCUCUGCGGCUGGCGGCGGGUCGGCGGGUCGGUGUCUCUGUCCGUCAUGGUGCAGAAGUCCCGUAACGGCGGGGUGUUCCCCGGAGCGCAGGCCGACCAGAAGAAGCUGAAGGUCGGCUUCGUAGGUCUGGAAUCCGGAGGGGGGGCCGAGUCCAGGGACGGAGCUCUGCUGAUAGCCGGUGUGGAGGAGGGGCCUCGGCGGCAGCGCAGCAGUGUGUCAGGGGGGAAGAAACCUCCAAAGAGAAAUGCACUGUAUCGGCGGCUGCAGAACUUCCUGUACAACGUGCUGGAGAGACCUCGAGGAUGGGCCUUCAUCUACCACGCCUACGUGUUCCUGCUGGUGUUCUCCUGUCUGGUUCUGUCGGUGUUCUCCACCAUCAGAGAGUAUGAAAAGAGCUCAGAGGACGCGCUCUACAUUCUGGAAGUGGUCACCAUCGUGGUGUUCGGGGUGGAGUACAUGGUGAGGAUCUGGGCUGCAGGCUGCUGCUGCCGCUACCGAGGGUGGAGAGGACGGCUGAAGUUCUCCAGGAAACCUUUCUGUGUUAUCGACAUCAUGGUGUUGAUAGCGUCCAUCUCAGUGUUGGCUGCAGGGACGCAGGGCAACGUCUUCGCUACGUCGGCCAUCAGGUCGCUGCGUUUCCUGCAGAUUCUCAGGAUGAUCCGGAUGGACCGGCGGGGGGGAACCUGGAAGCUGCUGGGCUCAGUUGUUUACGCCCACAGCAAGGAGCUGAUCACCGCCUGGUACAUCGGCUUCCUGUGUCUCAUCCUGGCCAGCUUUCUGGUGUAUUUGGCAGAGAAAGAGGACAACGAACAGUUUGAGACGUACGCAGACGCCCUGUGGUGGGGACUGAUCACCUUGACGACAAUCGGUUACGGAGACAAGUUCCCCAUCACCUGGAACGGACGUCUGCUGGCUGCCACCUUCACCCUGAUCGGGGUCUCCUUCUUCGCCCUGCCUGCUGGGAUCCUGGGUUCUGGUUUUGCUCUAAAGGUCCAGGAGCAGCAUCGGCAGAAACACUUUGAGAAGAGAAGAAACCCGGCAGCUGGACUGAUACAGGCGGCGUGGAGGGUGUACGCCACAAACCUAAGUCGCAGCGACCUCUGCUCCACCUUUGAUUACUACGAGAGGACGGGCUCGGCGCCCAUGUACCGGCUGAUUCCUCCUCUCAAUCAGUUGGACUUAUUGAGGAACCUGAAGAAUAAAUCUGGACUCUCCUUCAGGAAGGACGCCCAGCCUGAACCUUCUCCCAGUCAGAAGGUCAGCCUGAAGGAGAGGGUCUUUUCCUCCCCCCGGAGUUCAGGAACCAAAGGGAAAGGUUCUCCGCAGAACGUGGUUCCCGCAGUUGGCUCUGGCAGUACUCCUGGUGUGGGUCCUGCAGGUCCUGGAGGUCCGGGAGCUGCUGGUGUGGGUUCUGGAGGUCCCGGAGGUCCCGGAGGUCCUGGAGUUCUGGGCAGCGUGCAGGCCCUGCGGCGCUCCCCCAGCACGGAGCCCAAUCUGGAGGAAAGUCCCAGCAAGGUUCCAAAGAGCUGGAGCUUCGGAGAACGUAGCAGAACCAGACAGGCCUUCAGGAUCCGAGGAGCCGCCUCCCGACAAAACUCUGAAGUGCUGAUAGAGAUGCAGGACGAAGAGUUCAGACAGAAGAGCUCCCCAGACGCCAGCCUGCCGGGGGAGGACCUGGCCGACGAUAACAAGAGCUGCCACUGUGAGUUUGUGCCUCAGGAUCUGACCCCGGGGUUAAAGGUCACCAUCAGAGCCAUCUGUAUAAUGCGUUUCAUGGUGUCUAAGAGGAAGUUUAAGGAGAGUCUCCGUCCGUACGAUGUGAUGGACGUGAUCGAGCAGUAUUCAGCCGGACACCUGGACAUGCUCGCCCGCAUCAAGAACCUCCAGGCAAGGGUGGACCAGAUAGUCGGCAGAGGAACACCAAUAGCAGACAAGGACCGUCCCAAACCCGCCAAUGAGGAGACUCCUGAGGACCCGAGCAUGAUGGGACGGCUGGGGAAGGUGGAGAAGCAGGUCCUGUCCAUGGAGAGGAAGCUGGACUUCCUGGUCAACAUCUACAUCCGGCGAAUGGGAAUCCCUCAGGCUGAGACCGACGCCUACUUUGGAUCCAAGGAGCCGGCCCCGCCCUACCAGAGUCCAGUGGACCAAUUAGAGAAGAGCCAGGUAAUGCCUGCCGACCUGACGGAGAGGAGUCGUGUCGGGAUGAAGAUGGUCCGCUCCUGCAGCUCCACUGGUCACAGGAACUCCACCCUCCCCACCUGCCCACCCUCCACCUCCUGGCAGCCAAUCAGCUCCCAGCUCCCCCAGCAGGCCCCACCCACUCCAGUGGGAGACGGGUCACUGGUGCGACUCCCGCCUCCUCCGCCCGGGGAGAGGCACGGCGGGAACCGGUCGCACCGGCACAGCACCGGUGAGAGAGGGGGGGCCGAGGAGGUGAAGCCGGAUGGGGAGCUGAGGCGCUCCUGCAGCCGGUUCUCCGUUCCCCCGUCCAGUGAGAAGCUGGACUUUCUCAACAACGACUUCUACUCCACCACCAGCCCGGCAGACCAGCAGGGAGGCGUCCGGCCCUCCAUCGCUCAAGGGGAGUCGGACUCGGACUCGGAACUCUGUGCUCCCUCGCCACACUCAGACCCAGCCUGGACCGGAACCAAGUAGAACACUUAACUUAGAACCCAAAUAUGAAUCAAAUCUGUGAAGACUUUCAACACCAGCUGGAAGCGUGAAGCAUCAUGGAACUCUGACUGAAGCAUCAUGGGAACUCUGACUGAAGCAUCAUGGGAACUCUGACUGAAGCAUCAUGGGAACUCUGACUGAAGCAUCAUGGGAUGUAUGAUUUAUUCAUGUGAAUGGUUUAGCCUGUGCAGCCAAUGUUUGUUCUCAUUAUCACUGAUUGGAUCUGUUCUUGGUCACUUCACACCUUAUUGGUUCACUGCUGCAACAUGCUCACACCUGAUUGGUUCACUGCUGCAACAUGCUCACACCUGAUUGGUUUCUUGAUUCCACCUCUCUGCAACUCACCAACAGAUUAAUUAUUUUCAGAGGUUUACACAGACCUUCAUCAGAACCCAGAGCUCUCUGCGGCUGACGUUAAACUCACCGUUACGUGUUGUGCUUCGUUCUGCCCUCUAGAGGCCGAGGGCUGUAACUACACACACUUUGACAGAUCUCAGGUGGGAUUAUUUCACUUAAUGAGUCAGCACUCUGGUAUUUUGUUUCCACAAUCCAGUUAAGUUUAUCUUUUUAAUGCACAACUGUCUAUACUGACAGCUAACAGUUAUCAUACAAGUUUUCACUCCCAACCACUUUAUCUCUUUUAAGCGGUUAGCAUAUAGCUAGCUAGAGCUGCAUCUGCACCCGUCCCUUAAAAACAAGAAACACAACGCCUCAAACCCAGGUCAAACAUUAAAACCAACUUCUUCAUUUACCCAAAGAGCAAAGGGCAGUCAGUGCUAACUAGCGCUAAUGCUAAGUACAAUUCAUUAUGAAUCCAGGUGAGUAGAUAGCUACCUGGCGACAGGAAUGUAAACACCUAAACACUGAAGUUAAAUCCUCUCUUCAGGUCACAAAAAUAAAACAAACCUACCAAACUAAGAGUCCCUUUUACCGCCCGAACCAUCGAGUUAAGAAAUAAGACGUGUUUGUUUUGUAAAGAGUGUAAUAUAUUGAAUUAUCUGACCUGCUGUCUGCGAACAUGAAACACUUUGUUAUUUAUGUUGAUGUGUUAUCGGAAAUCUUCUUGAAUGUAUUUUGGAGAAAAACCAGAGCCUGUUCUUGUUUCCUUUACUGUACAGAACUUUGCCUGUUUGAUUGUAUUUCAGUAUUAAUUAAAAACCUUUACCCACAACA